CGAUCGGACAGGUAGAUAAGAUUUAAACCAGACAAUGCAAAAUUUUGGGAGAUCUCAAAUGAAACAAGAAACGAAGAUGAGUGGCUGUACGUUUUUCAUGCUUUUGCUGUCCCAUCGAGAUAGAACCAAUAAAAGCAUAAUCUCAGUGAUUAUUUUGAUAUGUUAAUGGGAUUAAAUGUUAAGAACAUGUGCAUUGGGGUCUCUUAGAUGGGUUUGUUAAGGGAAUUAGCAAUUAAAAAAAAGAUAAAUUGCCAUUAACUUAAGGGACGUAUUCUAAAUAGGGGUAGAAGCAACGCCUCUUGUGGACCACGUGUUGGUACAGUAUUGGAGGUGUGAUUUUGAGAGAAAAACAAAAGAUGAAGGCGACGAAGAAGUCGGUGGAUUCCGCGAGAAAGAGUCUCGGUGCUCUCACCGUGGAAGAAUCUCGUCUGUGGCUUUUGUAGCCGAAGAAUCGUCGGAGAGUUUCGUCGACGACCAAUCUCUGUGGCUCUCCUCGACGAAGAACCUCGGUGGCGUUGCUCGUAGAAGAAUCUCGGUGGCUAUGAGCGUCGGAGAAUCUCUAUGGCUCUCCUCGACGGAGGAAAUCGGUGGCUCUCCUCUACAAACAAACUCCUCGGUCGGCGCCAAGUUAAAUCAAAAGUGUUCGGUACUCUCCUUCAAGCUCUUCCCUCACAUGGCAAGUAAGAACCACAGAGUUUGAGAAGAAGAAAGAAAGAACCGAUAGUGGUUUGUUUUGGCGAGGAGCAAUGGCGGAGCUGCAUCACUCCAGCUCUUGGAAGCCUUGCACUGAGGGGCGCAUUGGUGGAGUCUCUGGUAUAUUAGAGAAUGAUGUUCUUCCUGAGAAUGAAACAAAUGGAUAUGUUUUCAUUCAUGCUGAAGGUGGUUUGAAUCAGCAGCGGAUUGCUUUCUGUAAUGCAGUUGCUGUUGCCAAGAUUAAGAAUGCAGCUCUGAUUUUACUAGUACUGAAGCAGGACCAAAUCGUUAAGACAAUGGAGACCAUCAAAAGAGUGAGUCCGAGAAGGGCUCUAUUAAGGGGAAUGGCUCAGGCGUUUGGUCACCACAAACCUUUCAGGUAAAUCUUUUCUUCUGGUCAGCUCUUGUAGUUUUGUGGUCAGGCUCUUGUAGUUUUGUGGUCAGCUCUUGUAGUAUGCUGCUUGUUUUGUAGUGGACUUGGUUUUGUUGUAUCACGUGUGUAUCAAACCUUUUGAUCUUGUUUUGUUGUAUCACGGACCGUUUGUUGUAAUGAAAGCAUCAGUCAUCA